AUGCGGCGACGCGGAGCGAGGAUGCGACGGCUCGAUUUAGGGGCUGAACGUUGAGAGGGAAGUCUCGAGACUGAGAGGGGUUGACGUUCGACUGCGAAUCGAUAUGUCUACCUAUAUGCGCGAGCAAACUGUAUCGCCGUACUGAACCGGAAAGACACGGCCAAAAUUUCAGAAAUUCUCAUACUUUCGCGUCUCGCAUAUUUGUUGGGAUCACGAUUUCAUUUUUACGACUUAAUUGAUUUACAUUUACGACUUGAUUUAUAUUUAAUGCGUUAUACUUUAAAUCGUAUUUAUAAUAAUUAUGGCAUUUAUCUUGGAAAAUUAUAAUAAUUACGUCAAAAUUAAUUGAGACCGACGUACGCAAAUAAUCGCUUAUUAAUUUAGCAAAAAUGAUAAUAAAGUUCAAUAGUGUAUUAAUUUCUAAAGGCAAGUUCUUUGCUGAAUUUAAAAUCAUGAAUCCCGACUUUUGCUUCAAAUGAAAUCUGUUGAGUAAAAAUUAAUUGCACAACAAACAAUCUCGUCUUUCCUUGUAAAUAUAUUAAAAAUAAUGUUAUAUGUUAAAGUAUUAUCUUAAUUCAUAAUUAAAUUCCCUAUCACAAAUUGUUAAGUAAAUGAUUAAUUAACAAAGUAUUUCUGAGAAACGUAGCGCGAUAUAAAAAUCAAAGUUUUUUUGGGGAUGUUUUUACUUUGCUUUCACAACGAUGCUUCGUAUCGAUUAAAGAGCAUGAUCUCUUCGCUUUAUCGGUGUCAUUCAGCGCAACGACAAUUGAAAACUAUCUCAUCCGCGCUCUUAAUUUUUUUUUUCAAUCUUAAUCACCCCGCCUAAUUGCUCAAUUGCGCUCAUUACCGUCUCCGACAUAGUAAAGCGAGUGGCGAUUAAAUCUUUCCCUCGUCGCCGUCCCCCUUACCGCGCCCCGUUCCCGCUCCGUGACGGCACGUCGCAUUUGCACAAGAGAAACUUAUCCCUCGGCACAAAAAUCGCUGUAUAGAUAAUUCCGCCUGCUCCUGAGUCCCAGCCACAGGGGCGGAGCGUCGCGAGGAAUGCCCCCGUUAGUAGUUGCCAGCCUCGCCCCAUUCUGAUCCUCUCCUUCUCGCUCUACCGUCCGGAUUCCCCACUUCCACGAAGAGACCUCUCUUCCGUCGACGAGCGUUCGACCCCACCACAAGCGCUUAGCCGGAGGCAAAAGGAAAAAUCAGGGCGGUGCUGGCUGAGCGGUCAAACUCAGUCCACACGGAGAGCUCGGCUUGGCUAGAGGCUAUCCAGAGCUGCUGGUCAACGAUCAUUGAUCCACGAGAACUGUCAAACGUCGAGCGAUUAUCCCUGGUGGUGUGAUCGAUGUGCCACGCGCGCGUCCUUCUCUGGAGCUAACCGUUAACAAACUCCGGAUUCCGGGUUCCGGGUAAAGGACCAUGCGCGAGUCAGUGAGGAAUCAAUCGUGAAGCAGUGAAUCAUCGUCGAGCUUCUGGUUCGUCGCGGAAUGAGCAAAUAGCUUUUGUUUAGAAUUGGAAAUAUCGAAGCAUUCGUCAUUGCGAAAUCAAGCAGUGCUAAUCGAAACGGAGCGUGACCGAUCGACAUCUAAGAAUGACAGUAAUAAGGAUGACCUCGCCGGUGACGCCUGCAUCAACCGGUCCGGACUCGUCAGACGAGGCUCAGGCGUUGCAGGCAAGUCCUAAACCGGCUCGAUUAAGCUUCUCCGUCGCGGCUCUGCUGGCGGAUACCAGAAAGACGGAACCUACGGCGAGGCAAGAUUCUGCGAUUCUAACAUCGCCCAGAUCGUCGCCGAUCGUCUCGUACGCGUCGAUUCGACAGGAGCCUCGUAUGUUGAAACAUCCGUGCGACUUCAAAACGUCAAGAUAUACUUUGGCAUCGUCGCCCAAUCUUAAUCAAGAAGCUAGAUUAAUUCAUUGCAUCUCCCCUCACAAUACUUCAGAGUCCAGAACACCACCGAGAUAUCCCGAGGCAAUCGAUUAUGCCUGCAAUGUCGAGUCACCCGGCAGACGAUCGACCUGUGGUAGCGUGGACUAUCGCGUGCAUCCGUCCACCGACGCCAGUUCUACACCAGAACCCAUGGUAGGAUGUUCCUCGUCUCCGAAGAUCAUCGGCAAUCACCAGGAUGCCGGCUCGCAGUCACCGAGAAGCAGCUCCCACGGUGAGGCCCGCUCGAGGUGUUCAGAAACGGACGAUAUCGAAGAGGACGACGAAAGCAGACUGGUUGACGUGGAGGACCUUCAGCAUCAGCAUCCGUCCAGCCCGACUCCAGUUAGGCCGACACCGGCCUAUCUCGGCGGUUUUGCCACCAUCAGCGGUAUCCCAGAGAUCCCGCCUAGUCUUCACCCUGCAGUCUGGGGCGGCGGACAUCAAAAUGCAGCUGCAGCCGCCGCGGCGGCCGCAGCGGCCGCGGCCACUGCUACAUUCUUCCCCUCUCACUUCUCUCAUCAUGCUCCUCUAAACGAGAACGGCGAGCCAGCUAAGAUUAAAUGCAACCUGAGGAAGCACAAGCCAAACCGAAAGCCCAGAACGCCCUUCACGACCCAGCAGUUGCUAGCCCUCGAGAAGAAGUUCAGAGAGAGGCAAUACUUGAGCGUCGCCGAGAGGGCAGAGUUCUCAUCGUCGCUGCACCUUACGGAGACACAGGUAAAGAUCUGGUUUCAGAACCGACGUGCCAAGGCGAAACGUUUACAAGAAGCGGAAAUCGAGAAGCUGAGAAUGUCGGCCGUGAGACAGCAUCACACGGCGCUCUACGGCACGCACCCGGGGAUCUUAACCCCCGCGGGACUUUAUCCCGUUGGAAUGCUGUCUCAUCCCGGGUUGACGCCUCAUCACACAAUCGCUCAGCAUCCUACGAGAGAAUGAGAAGAAUAAUGUUCGAUACCGGUUAGAAACCGUUCGAAAAAUCUAUCGAAUAUCACAUCUGAGGAAUAAUUUCAGCUACGCAAAAAAAGGCAGACUUAAAAAUUGCAUAAUUGCAAUGCGUUGAUAAACAAUCUUAAAAUGAUCUCGAAGAGAGAGAGAGAGGAAGAAAGAGAAAUCUCAUCAUCGGUUUUAUAUUUUCCAGUAUUAGUUUAAAGAAGUGAAGGCUCACCGAGUCUGUUGAAAAAUUUGUUUGUGCCAAUGUCGCCUGUCUUGAAAAGGCUGGAAACUAUUGUAAAUAGAAUUGUAAAUAUUACUAAUGUACCGCGCGUUAAUUACUUUGUACAUAAUACUUAGUAAUACUAUUCGAGAAAUGGGGUUGCAUUUGCAUCGCUGAAUGCAAAUAAAAAAAAAAACGAAUGAAUCUCGAUACUUUGGAGAAGAUUCUUUUUUUUCCAAUUUUGUAUAAAUGUAAAGCAGACAUAACGAUCAGAGUUUAUUUAAUAAAUUGUAUUAUCGUAA